AUGAAACUCUAUCCCCUCCUUGUUGCGCCGUUGGUUGGAGCGCGCGUUGUACAGCUGCCGCAACAACAACAGCAGGUUUUGGUACAAGAGGAGGGCGGGGCGGUGGGGGUUGGUGUGCAGUUUACAACUUCACAUGCGGUUGCUGCGGCGAGGUAUGAGGAUGGAACGGUUAGGGAUCUGGUGAGGAUCGAAGCUGAUUCCGAGUACUUUGAGCUCUUGUCCCAAUGGACAAGGUCCCAGGACAAAUCCAAGUGUCAUGGCAUACUCGGACGAUUGGGCUGCAGUCUGCGACGAGCGGGGUGCCAGACAAGAAAAGCCUUCGGAUUACCAGCGAGUCGAAAUUCCGGGAUCCUAUCAAACUUCCUUUCAAGAGUGCGGGGUGCCAUCGAAGAAGAACUUGGCUCGCCCAUAUCGAGUAUCGCACCGGUAUUUCCUUUGUUGCCUUCAUUCGAGGAGGAAGACUUCCAAGACGCGUUGGAAAGUGUGGGUCUCACUUCAACAAGAUCAGAACAUGGAAGCAAUGAGCUCGUCUACCAAGAGACGAAUGCAGCGUAUGCUGGACUCGGAUACGGCCUUUGCACAUCCUGGUCAAGUCACCAGGCCUGUAUGGAUGAGGCAUCUCAAAUGCCGUACGGGCACAUCCUCUUCCUCAACUUUGACGACUCGUUCAGCGCAACAGUCCAGUACAUGGACAACAUCUCCCAGGAAUGGUCGUACUCUCACAGCAUCAACACUAGUCUUGGGUGGUGGGAUCUCCCCGUCUUUGAGAUACCCAGGGCGAAAUUUUGGGCACGGAUACACGAGGAAAUUGUUGAGGUUGCGGGUGCGUUGCAGCAGCCACCGAAUAAGAUCAUUUUACAAGGAGCACAUGCCAGAGACGAGGAGUUUGUUGAGGUGGUCAAGGCGGCGUUGUGGGAUGUUCUGGAGUUUGACGUCUCGAUGUUGUUGGAAGCUGAUAAUAAGGUGGAUCCUGGGACGGUAGCAGCAAGAGGUGCGGCGGAACUGGCGUGGAGGGCUGAGCACUUGAGCUUACAUCAUAACGGACUCGAAGAGACGGAAGGUAUGGAGCUAUGA